AUGGCGGUCCUACGGGCGGACCCUGCUUUCGCGGACGACGAUGACGAACAAGCGCGAGGGAGCAACAAGAACAAAUCACCCAUCGCGUCACACAACAGCUGCGAUGUUGAGAGCUCCAGCGACGAUGACUCGUUCUCCAUGGGUGCGAAGGAUGACGACCUGGAGAUGGGCAGGGGAAGCAGUGGCAGCAGCUUGAGGGAAAGCGUUGGCGGCAGCUCGAGGAGAAGCGAUAGCGGCAGCCCCACGGGAAGUGGCAGCGACGUCGCAUCGGCGGGGGCGCCGGUGUCGGCGACGACCCUCCCGGCGCUGCUGACGCUGCAGAAGUCUAUCGACCACAACCGCACCAAAUGCUAUCACAAGUGGCCGGCGAGCCUGCUGAGAGAGGCGUGCUCGUUGCGGAAAAUCAUGGGCUUCUGCAGGGAGAAGGACAGUGGGAAGAUGGCAAACAGAUUGGAGCAACUCGACGUAGUGAUGGAGAGGAACAGCCCUUUCCUCGCGGAUCUGGACGACAAGGUCGCAGGCGGAACGCCAGCCUCCCAGCCACUCGCGUCGGCGAAGGAGACCGAGGAGAUCCCUGAAGAACUCAUGAUCGCGACGAAAGCUGCCGUGGGCAUGGGAGCAAGCUUCAAGAAGAGGAAGCUGCUGGCAUACAAUGGAAGGUCGUACCCGGCCGCCGCCGUCUUGGCUGCGAUCGAGGCGGCCAAGGACGGCGAAGGGGGCGACGAGGACAUCGGAGCGCGUCGAAAGAGCAAGCACUGCGUCCCUCGGUUCUGUGAAGUGGUGGCAAUGAAUCUAGAGUUGUGGUUUGGGCACCGGAGGCAGCUAAGCAAGGCAGAGCUGGACAACAAGCUUACCAGCAAGACCCGUUCCGCCAUGGUGCGCCUUUGGGAACAGUUCAAGGACGACAAAGUGGAGUUGAAAAUGCCGAAACACCUCAUGAUCCAAGCACGUACCAGCUCAACCCGCCCCCCCUCGACCCAUGAUCACCCCGCGCUGACCGCACUGCGCCACACGCCAGGAAGCUUGGACACGUACUACUACGGCCUGAUGUGCGAAAAGUACCCUGGGAUCGAGCAGGCCAGCAGUCAGAUGCUCCCUGAAGGCAUGGAAACCGAAACACGGGGGUGGGGGGGUUGGCGGACCAAGAGAGUGGCGUCGAAGGAGCCGCCGCCCACGCCAAGAGGAGGGCGGCGGCAAAGAGAGCCUCGAAGGAGAGGAACGCCACCCUCGGCGGGCAAGACAAGCAGAAAAAGAAGCAGGUCCAGGAGAUCGAGAACGCGGCGAAGGUCGCCGCGUCAGCAGCAAAGGAGCAACUGGGUCUUGGGGCGGGGUUGGGAGAAAGCGGACAUCAGGAGAGAGAAAGCGCUGGGUGACGACGCUGACCUGGAGGACAUCCAGAUCAUGGAAGCCGAACUCACGAAAUAA